AUGGACGGAGACUCUCUGCCGGCGGUGAAGCAGAAGCCCACCAUUCACACUAUGAACGUCGAACUGUCCGACCUGCCCGUACGAGCACAGCAUCAUGGCAUCGAUGCGGUCAAGGACAUUGUUUUCGGCUCUAUCGCUGGCAUGGUUGGAAAAUACAUAGAGUACCCCUUCGAUACCGUCAAAGUGCGAUUACAGUCUCAGCCAGACGGCCUUCCCCUCCGCUAUACCGGUCCCAUCGACUGUUUCCGUCAGUCCCUGCGGCAAGAAGGCAUACAGGGACUUUAUCGUGGCAUCAGUGCGCCCCUUCUCGGCGCAGCUAUCGAAAAUAGCUCUCUCUUCUUCAGCUACCGCCUCACACAACACUUAGCCCGGGACUAUGUCUACGGCGGUCUGGAGAAGCUUCCAUACACCGCCCUGCUGGUCUGCGGUGCAGCAUCCGGCGCAUUCACCUCGAUUCUCCUCACGCCCGUCGAGCUGGUCAAGUGCAAAAUGCAAGUUCCCGCGGGCCAGCGUCAAGGCAAAGCAAUGGGCCCUCUAGCCAUCGUCUCAGCUGUGUUUCGAACACAUGGCGUUCUCGGCCUUUGGCGUGGACAGCUUGGUACCCUCAUCCGUGAAACCGGCGGCUCUGCGUCUUGGUUUGGCGGCUAUGAAGGCGUAUCCGCUCUAUUUCGACAUUAUAACCCCGCUGUUUCACUGCAGGGAAAGCAGGGGAUGGCAGACGAUCUGCCACCUUUGCCAGUAUACCAGCAGAUGAUUGCCGGGGCUACCGCUGGCGUUCUCUAUAAUUUUAUCUUCUUCCCGGCAGACACUAUCAAGUCACGCAUUCAGACAGAAGAUAUAGCUGCACACUCGGCUAAAAGUAGUGCUAAGAUGCCCUCUUUCUGGUCUGUGGGAAAGGCGGUCUGGAGACAGCACGGUAUCGCUGGUUUAUAUCGUGGCUGCGGUAUCACGGUUGCUCGAUCGGCACCCAGCUCAGCCUUUAUCUUUUCCAUAUACGAAGGCUUGAAGGCUCACUUCCAGUAG